AUGGUGAGCGCCGGGAUGGGCGGGCUACCCUUCUCCCAGCGCACCUACCAGCCGCCGGCGGCCGGGCCCGGCGCGGGGCCGACCGCUUUUCCCGCGUUCCAGUUCCGCGGGCGGCACGAGAACCCGGACUGGCGGCGGCUGAGCACCGUGGACGUGGAGCGGGUGUCGCGGGAGGGGGACGUGGCAGCCCUGCAGGCGCACCUGGAGCAUGUCACCUUCUGCAGCGCCGAGCGGGAGUGCUGCCCGCACUGCCAGGGCCCCGCAGACCCGCUGCUGCUGAAGCUGCUGCGCCUGGCGCAGCUCUCCACCGAGUACCUGCUGCACUCCCAGGAGUACCUCAGCGCACAGCUCGGCAGCCUGGAGGAGGCCCUGAGAGAGACACAGGCCCAGCGUGACCAGCUGGGCAAGGAGGUGGCCCAGCGCUCGCAGGAGAUCCAGGGGCUCAAGGAGGAAUGCCGGCGGAGGAAGAAAAUGAUCAGCACCCAGCAGAUGAUGCUAGAGGCACGAGCCAACUACCACCAGUGUCCAUUUUGUGAUAAGGCUUUUAUGACCUAUUCCUUUUUACAAAGUCACAUUCAAAGGCGUCACCCAGGAGAGUCUGAGAUCCAACAGAAGAAGAAAGGAAAUAUAGAAAAAUUGCAGGAUGAGAUUGAAAAACUGAAGGAGCAGUUGCAGCUCACCAAGUCCCAGUUAGAGUUUGAACAACAGGCUAAUUUGGCCAGGUUGUCUAAGGAAUGUGAGCAGCAAAAAUCAAAAGAAGAAGAGAUUCUACAAUCAUUUAAUAAAUGGAAAGACGAGGAAAGAGAGAAAUUGGCUGAUCAAAUAGAAAAAGUGAAAGAUAUGUUUAUGAAAGAGCUUAAGGAGUUAUACUCAAGAAAUUCAACCUUAGAAAAUCAACUGUUAGAAUUACAAAAGUCCAAUAUACAACAAAAAUCCAAUUUAGGAACACUGAAAGACAUCCAUGAAUUUACAGAGGAGAAACCUCAGCGUCCUCAGGAACAUCCAGAUGUGGUUAGACUUCUGGAAAAACAGGAAAAAAAGUGGAUGUCUUUACUACAAGCCAUCCGUCAUGACCAUGAGACAGAAAAGUCCCUGCUACUGUCACAAAUUGAGACAAUCAAAACAUCAGCAAGAGAAGACCUGAACAGAAAUAACAUCUUUUACAGGAAGAGGAUAGAAGAUUUGGAGCAGAGGCUUCAGGAACAGAAUGAUCUGGUUAUUAGUCAGAAGAAGAAGAUAAAAGAAUUGUCUGCAAAACCACCUCCCAGUGUUAAAACAUAUGAUGUGAACACUCCUCUAGAGCGUCUUCAAGAACCUAAACCAAGUCCAUCAGUUCCCCCACAUGAGCAGGCACCCUUGGUGCAUAUGCUGGAGCCUAUAGAGGAGCUUUCAGAAGAGGAAAAAGAAACUGAGAAAAUUGAUCUAAAAUCAGAUAGAACUAACCACUAUUUAAUAAAUGCUCUGAAGUCUGAUCCUUCUUUAACUAAAGAAUUGCGAGUUGUUUUGGAGCAAGCUCUGGAGGAGAAGCUGGAAUCCUUGGGAAUUAAAGCAGGUGUUCGUGGAAUAUCAAGUGAUCGCUUAAAUAAAAUUUUGCGAGCCAUUGAACAUGCCAGAGAACGCAAAGAGAAGCUAGAGCCCACUAUUCACGGAAUUCGAGAGCAUCUUCAGCGUCAGCUUGGCUUUCGGGUUGAGGAGAAAUCAUUAUCUUCUAGCAGACCUGAUUCCUGUGCUCAGCUUCCUUGUGAAGAAAAACACAGGUUCAAUCCAUUGGGAAUAUCCUCAUUUGCCGCACCUCAAAAACCAUCAAAGUGGUCUCCAUCAGCUGUCCGCCCACCUGGACAAAGAACAGUCAUCCCUGAGUAUAGUUCUACACCAAAACCCAGAAAGAUUCUUGGAAGUGGAGUUUCCAGAAAGACACCUAGCAUCACAACACCACCAUUCAGUUCAGAGGAAGAAGCUGAUGAAGAUGAUAUGAAACAGUCUUAUGUAGCACCAGAGAAAUUCCAAAAGUGGUCAAAACUCUCAAGCAGCACAGUCCAUGCUUUUCAGAAGCCUCCUGGCAAAAGUGAUGGGGAUGCGAUGGAGGAAAAUGGAACUGAAGAAACCGGAGCACCUGCCAAAACUACUAAAGGAACAGUUAUUCAAAAACUGGCCAAACAAGUUGGAGAUACUCUUUCUAACCAUGGAAAUAAGAACAAACCAGCUGGAGGAAUUAAUGUUGCACAGGCAUUUUUUAAGAAAGAAGAGGUGAAAGAACCGAAGCUCACAGAAGCUGUUGAAGAUGACUGGGCUAUUUCAUCAGUCGAGGAAGACAUUUUAUUGAUGAAAGAUGACAGAGGUCAGAAGGCCAUGACAGCUCAGAAAAAUGAGCCCAGUGCCGCAUCUGUGGUACAUGCGUGGGGCCUUCCCAAGAAAAGCGUGCCAAAGGAGGAAGGCCUUCAUGAAGCUGAUAAUACAAGCACGUUAAAAAGCAGCUUAGUCACUGUGACAGACUGGAGUGAUUCUUCAGAUAUGUAACUGUUCCAUUCCUGAUGGAUG